AUGCGUCUACAAAACGCCGCGGAUGCCCUCCGCUGCAAGACCUUCCCCAUGUUUCUCAAGGGUAAGGCGCGGCUCUGGUUUCAGGGUCUAGCACCGGGAUCCAUUCAGAGUUUCACCGAGCUGGCCAGACAGUUCGCCGCCCAAUUUGUCUCCUCGAAGACUUACUCGAAAAACGCGGCCCACCUGAUGGCCGUUAAGCAGAAGCCGGGUGAGUCCCUGAAGAACUUCAUGACGCGCUUCAACACGGAGAGUCUACAGAUCAGGGACAAGAAUGAAAAAGUGGUCAUGGCCGCCUUCAUGAAUGGGUUGAGGGUAGAGGAUCUCUACUACAAGCUUGUCGAACAGCCUCCCAAGAACCUGAGAGAGCUCUUGACCCGGGCUCACGCCGCCGCCAAUGCAGAAGAGGCCGGCCGCCUAAAACGAGAGUCGGAUCGGGAUUUCGGAGAUCGAAAGGGACGGGGGAACCCCCCUGAGAGCAAGGACGGCCCGGCCAAGAAGAAUGUCUUUGAUCGGCUCUCGAAGGAGAAAGCCCCUGCUCUGCCACCACUACCGGAGAAGGGCUACACACCCCUGACACGGCCAAGGGCCCAGGUCCUGGCUGUCAUGGAGGCAGAGGGCCUGGGGGACCGGCCACCCAAGAUGGGGACGCCUCGGAAUAAGAGGAAUCAGGACAGGUACUGUGCCUUCCACAGGGAUGUCGGGCACGACACCGAGGGGUGCUGGGCCCUAAAGAGGGAGAUCGAGGACCUCGUUCAGCGUGGCUUCCUGGGUCGAUUUGUGCGGCCAGGUCGCCCCGCCCAGGAGCCAGGACGCGCUUACCGUGGAGAAAGAGGCGAGGGCCAACACCGUGACCGACUUGAUCGGCGGGGAGCACCCCGGGGUUAUUCACCCGACCAGGACGCCCAGAACUUGGCCGGAGUGAUAAACACCAUCGCCGGAGGUCCCACGGGGAGGGACAGUCAUGCAGCUCGGAAGAACAAGCGACCACCCCCCGAGGGGGACGACUCCUUGAAGUGCUUGCGCAUGGACGAGGAAAUUACCUUCGGACCAAGGGACGCGGUCCCCCUAGCUUCAAGGAACCACGAGGCCAUCGUGAUAGACAUUGUCACCAACAACUACCGGGUGAAGAAGGUGUAUGUCGAUUAG